GAAAUGACAGAAGGAAAUUAUUCCACAGUGACUGAGUUUGUCCUUGCUGGGUUAACAGAGAAACCAGAGCUCCAGCUGCCCCUCUUCCUUCUCUUCCUGGGAAUCUAUGUGUUCACAGUGGUGGGGAACCUGGGCAUGAUCACCCUGAUCAGGCUAAGUUGUCACCUGCACACCCCCAUGUACUAUCUCCUCAGCAGUCUGUCCUUCAUUGACCUAUGCCAUUCCACUGUCAUUACCCCCAAAAUGCUGGUGAACUUUGUGGUGGAGAAGAAUGUCAUCUCCUACCCUGAAUGCAUGACUCAACUUUACUUCUUCCUUGUUUUUGCUAUUGCAGAGUGUCAUAUGUUGGCUGCAAUGGCUUAUGACCGCUACGUUGCCAUCUGUAACCCCUUGCUUUACAAUAUUACCAUGUCUUCUCAAGUGUGUUGCUGGAUGAUUGGUGGGGUGUACAGCAUGGGCUUGCUUGGUGCCAUGUCUCACACAGUCUGCAUGUUAAGAGUGCUUUUCUGCAAGGCUGAUAUAGUAAACCAUUACUUCUGUGACCUUUUUCCACUACUAGAGCUCUCCUGCUCUGGUACUUUUAUCAAUGAGGUAGUAGUUCUGUGUUUAAGUGCAUUUAAUAUUCUUCUCCCAGCCCUGGCUAUUCUUAGCUCAUAUACCUUCAUCAUAGCCAGUAUUCUCCACAUUCGCUCUACUGAGGGCAGGUACAAAGCCUUCAGCACUUGUAGCUCCCAUAUCCUGGCUGUUUCUGUGUUCUUUGGUUCUGCUGCAUUCAUGUACCUGCAGCCUUCAGCAGUCAGCUCCAUGAACCAAGGGAAAGUGUCCUCUGUGUUUUAUACCACUGUUGUUCCAAUGCUGAAUCCCCUGAUCUACAGUCUGAAGAAUAAGGAUGUGAAAAUUGCCUUAAUGAAGUUCUUUGAAAAAAGAAAAUUCUUGUGA